CUGAAAAUUAUUGUUCCGCCGACAAGUUCUUGCUGCAGUGAAUUAUCGGGACGUGUGAUAAGCAAUGAAGAGGAAUGUUUAGCAGCAGUGGAUUCAUUACACGAACGAGGCGUAAAAAUUGUCGUAGUAACGAGUGGUCUUGAAACCUCAACAACAAAAUACUGCUAUGGAUCCGUUUACAAAGGGUCAAACGAACCUCCACUUCAAUACCGUUUUGAUAUACCAGCACUUCCAGGAAUGUUUGUGGGUACCGGUGACGUCUUUACAAGUCUGCUUCUUAUUUGGAUGGAUAAACUGAACGGCGAUCUCAAUCUAGCAAUUCAAAGGGCUAUCGGUACGCUACAAGGCUUACUGCGUCGCACUGGCCAGAAAGCUUACGGUAAUGUCUUCAUUUUACUCUACAAAUAA